CCCUCCGCCUCCUCGGGCUCACGCAGACCUCACCAGCUCUGGAAGGGAAGCUGAGGAUCAGAGAGGGUGUCUGUGCACCAGAGGGGCCCAGCGAAUGGCCAUGCCAAAGACUUGGGUGAACUUGGUUCUUCAUACAGCCCUCUGUCCCACUCUGGGAAAGCCCAAAAUGUCCAUUCUCAUUCAAUGAGAAUGAGAGUGAGGGUUUGAAUAAAUAAGCAGGAGGUCAAGUGCAGGGCAGUGCCUGUCUCUGUGUUGAGCUCAAUGCUGUAAUUGUGCUGUGUAAAAGGCUCGCUCAGCGAACAAGGUUGGGUUCAGUCUGGGGGGAAAAGGACUGUUAGAAGACUCUUUUGUGGCACCUGAGAGCCCCAUGGGGGCAGGUUAUUCUCCUGUACCCUGUGCAACCUGGUCCUGAGCUCUAGGUAGGCUUGAAGGAAGGGAGAAACCCAAUCCGCACCCUCAGCUCUACCUAAAACAGAGAACAAAGGACAGACAGACCAAGGCAGUGGAACAGCAUGCCCAAAGCCCUCAGGGCUGUGGGAUGCCGGGGGGCUGAGAAGGCUAGCUGGGUUGGUCGGGGAAAAGCAUUCUGGAGGCCGAAGAUUGAGGACGAGGAAAUUUAAGGACCGGGAAGGAGAAAGCAAACAAUCUAGGUAACCUGAGUGCAGGCCUAUUGGUUCUCCGUCUCUCACAAAAUCUAGUGGGGAAGUCCCACAAGGGGGAAGUGUGGGCAGUGAAACUUAGAAACAAGUACACGGGGAUCCUGAGGGCAGGACGAUGCCCCUUAGUCUAGAAGGCUUCUUGGAGGAGGGGAGCCUGAGGAAGACUUUGAAAGAGAAAAGAACACAGCUUGUUUAGCAAGAAUAUAAGGGAAAGGCUGUGAGGAGGAAAAGUGCUGGUGACAAGAAAGAAUCAUCUGGCCCCAACGGGCCUCUCAGUGCUCUCCCCGCCCCAGUCGCUUGAAAUGACCCGCCUCCUCUCCAGUAUGAUGUCUAGCUCCACACACCUGCGCCCUCGGUGAGAAUGGUGACAGUCAUCACUUUUUCGAAGAACCUGUAAUUGAGCUGUAGUCUGAGUAACUUGAGCAAACAUCCCCGUGGUGCCGUCGACUGCUUACUUCCUGGCUGUCACGUCUCCCGGAGGGGACUUAAAAGGAGCAAAGGUGAACCCCACUGCAAAGGACCACGAGGCAAUGCCAGGACAAGAGAAUUGGAGUGACUUGGGUGAUUCUGAGUGAAUCAGUCAGGGAGGCCUUCCUGGAGGAGGCUGAGGCCUGAGGUGUGGCCGCCACAACCUCUGGAGCUCUUGCUGGGGUCGGGCCCAGCACUCGGAGCUGACCCAGCCAGGGUGCCCGUCGGUUCCCCAGGAUGCGGCUUCUCCGCAGACGGCACAUGGCCCUGCGCCUGGCCGUGGUGGGCAGCGCCUUCGUGCUUUUCCUCUUCAUCCUGCACAGGGAUGUAAGCAGCACGGAACAGGCCACCGAGAAACCAUGGCUGAAGUCGUUGGUGAGCCAAAAGGAUCACGUCCUGGACCUCAUGCUGGGGGCCGUGCACAACCUUAGAGAUUCGAUGCCUAAGCUCCAGAUCAGGGCUCCAGAGCCCCAGGAGACACCGGUCUCCACAAACCAGUCCUGCCUGCCUGGGUUCUACACCCCAGCGGAACUGAAGCCCUUCUGGGAACGGCCACCCCAGGAUCCCAAUAGCCCUGGGGCCGAUGGGAAAGCUUUUCACAAGGACAAGUGGACCCCCAUGGAGACCCAGGAAAAGGAAGAAGGCUAUAAGAAGCACUGUUUCAAUGCCUUUGCCAGUGACCGGAUCUCCCUGCAGAGGGCCCUGGGGCCGGACACCCGACCCCCUGAAUGUGUCGACCAGAAGUUCCGCCGCUGCCCUCCACUGCCCGCCACCAGCGUCAUCAUCGUGUUUCACAACGAGGCCUGGUCCACACUGCUGCGAACCGUGUACAGCGUGCUGCACACCUCCCCUGCCAUCCUGCUGAGGGAGAUCAUACUGGUGGAUGACGCCAGCACUGACGACUACCUAAAGGACCAACUGGAGCAGUACGUGAAGAAACUGCAGGUCGUGAGGGUUGUGCGGCAAGAGGAGCGGAAAGGCUUGAUCACUGCCCGGCUGCUGGGGGCCAGCGUGGCCCAGGCCGAGGUGCUCACCUUCCUGGAUGCCCACUGUGAGUGCUUCCACGGCUGGCUGGAGCCCCUCCUGGCUCGCAUUGCUGAGGAAGAGACAGCGGUGGUGAGCCCAGACAUCGUCACCAUCGACCUGAACACUUUUGAGUUCUCCAAGCCCGUCCCGAGUGGCAGAAUCCACAGCCGUGGCAACUUUGACUGGAGCCUGACCUUUGGCUGGGAGGCUCUCCCCGCCCAUGAGAAGCAGAGACGCAAGGAUGAGACCUACCCCAUCAAAUCCCCGACGUUUGCCGGCGGCCUCUUCUCCAUCUCCAAGGCCUACUUUGAGCACAUCGGUACCUAUGAUAAUCAGAUGGAGAUCUGGGGAGGGGAGAACGUGGAAAUGUCCUUCCGGGUGUGGCAAUGUGGGGGCCAGCUGGAGAUCAUCCCCUGCUCUGUGGUGGGCCACGUGUUCCGUACCAAGAGCCCUCACACCUUCCCCAAGGGCAUCAGUGUCAUUGCUCGCAACCAGGUGCGCCUAGCUGAGGUCUGGAUGGAUAGCUACAAGGAGAUUUUCUAUCGGAGAAAUAUGCAGGCAGCCAAGAUGGCCCAAGAGAAAUCUUUCGGGGACAUUUCGGAACGACUGAAGCUGAGGGAACAACUACACUGUCGCAACUUCUCCUGGUUCCUGACCAACAUCUACCCAGAGAUGUUUGUUCCCGACCUGAAGCCCACCUUCUACGGAGCUAUCCGGAACCUCGGCAUCAAUCAGUGUCUGGAUGUGGGUGAGAACAACCACGGGGGGAAGCCCCUCAUCAUGUACACCUGCCACGGCCUGGGCGGCAACCAGUACUUUGAGUACACGACGCGGAGGGACCUUCGCCACAACAUCGCAAAGCAGCUGUGUCUACAUGCCAGUGCUGGCACUCUGGGUCUGAGGAGCUGUCACUUCACUGGCAAAAACAGCCAAGUCCCCAAGGAUGAGGAAUGGGAAUUGACCCAGGACCAGCUAAUCAGGAACUCAGGAUCUGGUACCUGCCUGACGUCUGAGGACAAAAAGCCAGCCAUGGCCUCCUGCAACCCCAGUGACCCCCACCAGCACUGGAUCUUCAACUAAGCCCUUGGUCACGCCCAUGGGAUUUCCCAUGGGGAAGCAAGGCUCUCAGGAAAUAGGAUUUUAGAGAACCUGAUAUUUGAGAACCUGAUUAUCAGCUUCUCUGUAGGGCUUAAAGAUGGAUUUCUAAACCCAGUGACUGUCAGGGCAGGAUCUUCCUACUGCUUGCAACAACACAGGGCCCAUUUUCCUUCCUCCACGUUGACGAAAGAGGCCGUUGGAACACAUGACACUUGGUCUAGGGCUUGCCUGCUGUCCUUGAAACAGACUUCCAGGCGGAGAAGGCAACCUAGGGAGGGCGCAAGGCAGCAAUACUGAAUUCAAGAAAAGUCCCUGGUCGUGUGGGGCACCCACAGAGCUAGUGAGGUCGUACCUUCGAACAGAGAGACAAGGGGUCUCAAGAGUGUCCCUGCUCAUAUUGCCCGAAGGUCCUAGAGCCAAUUAGUCUAUGGAAAGCACUCUGAUAGAAAUCCUUUAUCUUCUUUCGUCUGCACAGUAACCCUGUGAGAAGGACAGGCCGGGAACCACCAGGCCCAUUUUACAGAUAAGAAGGCAGAGGCAGAGAGAGAGAAAGAGGCUUGUCUGUAGUCCCACAGCUAGUGGACGGUGGGAGCCAAGACUGAGACUUGAUUUCGAAUGCUGAGCCAGAGCUCCUUCCGCCACGCCACAAGAACAGUAGACACCGAGCCAUCAGCCUUCCAGUCUCUCUUCCCUCCGUGCCGAUCACUUCCGGCUGGCCUGCUUCCGCAGCGGCUCCAGGUAGCCACGAGGGAGACCACCGUUGGGCAUCCUGGGACGUUAGUGCCGAAAGCAAGCUCGUGCAGCCAGUGAGUCUCAGCUCUCAGUCUCAGAAGCCUUUUGUCAAUGCCCCGUAUAUAACGUAGAUGGCAAGCCGAGUGGCGGGGGCAAGGUUGAGGGUAGGUGAGGAUAAUCCCAACAGCCCCUGAACUUCUAAAAGUCUGUGAGCACCAUACGAAACUUGUUUUAGUCCAACCCUAUCGUUUUCCUAUUGUGAACCUGAGGCCAGAUGAGUAAUUUGUCUAACAUCACGCGGCAAGGUAUCGGCAACCUGAGACCAGACCCCCGAUGAGUCCAACAAGAGCCCUGGGCAGUCUGAGGAAGCGGGGACGGUGUGGAGGAUUGAGCAUGACCACAGAACUGGCCUCGUCUGCUGUACCCGCACGGAGUCCCCGCGUGGGGCAGACCCACACGCGUGUCAGCUCUUCUCCAAGCAAGUUGGACCCCACCAUGCCUGGCCGCUUGGCCUGAACGAGAGAGCCCAGCUGCCCAGAGGGGUCACACUCCUUCCAGAAGGGCUUCUGACUUCCUCGGUAGCAGGCUGUCAUCUCGGGCAUCACCACAUGAGGGUGCCAUGGGACCACAGGCGCCUCUCCCGGCACAGCCCCACACUGCUGGGGGUCUCCUCAAUUCUGAGAGCCUUCGCGACCCUGUAGGGGAAACAUUCUGGGCUAGCCCAGCUAGUGGGAGAGGAGAGAGUGGCCAGGAUACAGCCAGCGAUGGGGAAAGGGGAAAUUCUUUGCUGGAAAGAGAACUGGGCCUGAGAUCCCAAUGAAAAUAAAGGUCUUAUGGCA